AUGUCAGCACCGAACGACAGAGAACCAUGGCAGGACGAACACGACAGUGAACCGGCAGAAAUUAUCGAGGCCUCGCGAGUCAGAAGUCAACAUGCAAUAGACGCAAGCAGAAGACGCAUGGAAGAAAGAGAAGCAUUACUCCUCGAUGGUGCUCAACGUGGUGUUCCAGUAACACCCCAGCUUUUGGGACUUGCAGGCGACAACGAAGCAGCUCGAGAAGCACAGGAAGAUGCCAGGCUAGCAGCUCUUCGGGCGCAACAAGAACGAAUGGAAGGUCAGGGUGUUGAUGCUGGGAAUGCGCAUGCCUACUCUGUUAUUGAGCCCGCUCGACUGCCACGACGACGUCUUUGCCAUACGUCGACUGGUGGACGUCCACCUCCUAGACCGCCGAAUUGGCAGCCAUUCACGGUGCGGCCUGCGUCUCAAGCAGAUUUAGCGGCGGCGGCGAGGAGAGCUGCGGAGAGGACUGCGAGAUGGGAAGCGAGGAUGCGGUUUGUGGAGAGGGUUGUGGAUUGGGAGACUGAGCCAAGACGCAUGCAGCGUGAAUGGAUACAGCGGAGACAUCAGGAGACGGAUGAAGAGGUUCAGCGGAGAGAGGAGGAUCUGGAGGACUCUGAGGAAGUACACCGUGUUCUUGGCGAUGUAAAAGGGAAUAUGGAUCUCAGCUAUGAAGGAAAUCUGGCUUUGCUAGAUGCCAUGGGCUAUGCAGAGGAGGUCUACGACUCGUGA